AUGUAAAUACCGUCUACAGAGUAAAUAUAAAUUAAAUUGCUUAUAGGAGUGCUAUGAGUUAAGAUCAUAAUAUUUCAAAAUGGAGAAGUUAUGGUCUACUUGAGACUGAUGGAGGAUCAUCUUCUUUUUCAUUCCAAUAAAAAAAGAAAAAGCCUAUCUAAAAAUCAAACACAAUGCAUAAUCUUAAUCAAAGAAUUAAAACUUAAACAUAAGAUAAUAAUGAUCUGAAAAAUAGUUAAAGUGAAUCCAAACAAAGAUUUAGUCAAAGAACUCAGUAAAGUAUUCCAAGCAGAAGUUCCAUAAAUAAAUAGCCUCUUGAUGAUGAUAUAUAAUUUGACAUGUUUUCUGUUAACCCUGGGUCCAAUAUAUUAAAUUUGGGUUAAUAAACUAUUCCUAUUGUCUUAUAAUUAAGAACAAAAACUACAGAGGAAUUAGAUUAGAUAGGCGUAGAUUUAGUAAAAUAUUAAUCAAUAUAAGUUUUGUUUAAUCGACAUUAGCAAUAGUAUGUAAGGAUAAAAAAUAGAAUAUGUAAAAUAAAUUUUACAUUCAAUAUUAACUAAUUUGAGAGAAUAAGAUAGAUUAUGUUUGAUUAGUUUUAAUAAUGAAGGUAAACUUUUAACAGGUUUGUAAAAAGUAACACCAGAAACUUAAGAAUAUUUUGCAUUUGUUAUUGAUGAUUUACAAUGUAUAGGUACAACACAGUUAUGGAAAGGAACUGAAGUAGCAUUUGAUGUAAUUAAUUAAAGAAAAAAUAAAAAUAAUUGGGCAAGAAUUCUCAUAUUUUCAGAUGGGUAAGAUGAAAUAGCACUUACUAAAAUUAGAAAAUAAUUAGAAUAUAAUUAUGAUAUUUUCACUAUUGAUUCAUUUGGAUUUAGUAAUUCAAAUGCAAAUAAAAGAUUAUCAGCUAUAACAAAUUUAAGAUUUGGAAAACAUUAUAUAAUAACUGAUGAAUAAUAGGUAUUUAAAUGUUUGGAAGAAGCCUUUGCUAACUUUCCAUUCAAUCUAUGGGAUGAUGUAACUAUAACAAUAUCAACUAACUCAUAAAAUAUUCCAUUUGAUAAAAUAAUGAUUACUGAAAUACAUAGUGAAGGAUGGGUUGAAUUGUAAAAUUAACAUUAAUAUUAAAUUACAAUACCUAAUUUAGAAAUUGGAGAAUCCUUCUUAUUCCCAAUUGAAUUGGCAUUCUAGAAAUUUAAUGACAAUAUUAUAGAUAAAUCUAAACCAGUCUCUUUAUUAAAGGGUAAAAUAGAAAUGCAAAAUAGUAUAACUGGUAAAAGGAUGAUAAAAAAUGUAGAUCUUGAUGCUAUCUUUCUUUAUGAAAAUGAUUCUAAUACUUUAGAUUUUAAUACAUAUUUUAAUUGUAAAUAAUCUCCAUUAGUUAUUUGGGUAUGUGAUUAAUAAUAGACUUGUAAUUUUAUAAAUUUUAUAAUAGAAUUCAAUAGAAAAUCUUAUUUUGAAUUGAUUUGUGAGAAUUUGUAAUUAAAAUGGUAAUUAUAAUAAUAAAGAAUUAAGUAACUUUAUGAUGAAGAACCAUCAUGA